UCCUAGGACCUGGCCCAGAGGCCAGAGGGGAGCCAAGCAGAGCCCACGCCUCAGAGGCCCCAUCAACUAUCAUCCGGAAGCCUACAGGAGAAAAAGCUGGCUCAGGGAGCCCCAGGGCCCCCAGGCCUCCCCUCCCCAGGCCUGCCAGAACCCCAAGAUCCCCUGGAGGGGCUGGGCUGGAGCCUGGGCCAGGAGAGAGCAAAACAGAAGAAACUGCUAAGGACUGAGAUUCCUCACAGUCAGAGAGAGGGGGACCCUCAGGGUCAGGGUAAGAGAGAGAAGACAAACCAGGGUCUGAGCGGGGCCGCCACUCAGGCUCUGAUGGAAGAGGUCUCUCAAGGUCAAAGAUGGGAGGGCCUCCAGGGUGAGCACAGAGGGGCGCCUCAAGGUCAAAGCGGAAGUUGCCUCAAAUGCGGGAGAAAGGAGGCCCUCCCAGAGCCGAGUGCAGAUUCUCCCCGGGGUUCGGGGGAGAAGAUCCUCCAGUCUUCCGAGGACAGAGACUGUAUCCUACCAGCCUGGGAAGCGGCUCGGGGAGAGGGGCCCCGGGAGAAAGGCGGCUCCCCGGGGGACUUCUGCAGGUCCCUAGGGGAACGGAUGCGGCAGCCUGGGGGAAGGGAGGGACAAGGGCCCCGGGGAAGGACCACCCAGCUGAUGCAGGUUAAGACCGAUGGCCUGAGAGGAGGCAGCGCACCGGCCCUGGGAGCGCAGGCGUCCCUCCGGGAAGGGUUGCGGGCUCCGCUUCCACUCGCUGGGCCCCCGACCAGGCCACUGCUCCCAGGCCCAGGAGCGGUGAUGCUAGCGGCCCCAUACACUGGGGGCUCCGGGCAGCGGGAGUGCCCCGCUGCUCUCCCAGGGCACCUGGGCCCGCUGCGCGAUCCGCACUCGCUUCAGGGCCCAGGAGGAAGCCCUGGCCCCGCGGAGCAGGAGCUGGGUGGCUCCACGGGGCUUCAGGGCGCCUUCGGGAGACCGAGGGUUGCUGCGGAGGCCCCCAGAACCUCGAAGACCGCCUGGCCCGAGCCCCAGAGCAGAGACCGGGCGUUUGCGGGCGUGAGCGCCGCGCAGCAGGCGUCGGCUCUGCAGCGGCUGCUGGAGCUGAACCGCGAGGCCCGGCGCCGGCGGCAGCGGGACCGCGAGCAGCAGCGGCUCCGGGUCCUGGAGCGCCUCCGCAUCGCCAGGAACCGCCACUGCCGGGUGCACCCCCUGGAACCCCCACCGAGCCCAGCUCAGCUCCCACCACAGGAGGACGCCGCAGGGCGACGACGCGCCCUACGGGAACAGCUGGAGCAAACGCACCGGGAAAGGACCGGGCGGCUGCGAGCCCUCGGGGCCAGGAACACCCAGAACUUCCAGCAGCUACUACGGCCCCCCGGCGCCGCGGAACCUGGCGAGCAUUGCUCACCCUUCCGAGGCCCCUCUAAGUCUCUGAUGAAUCCUCAAGGAGAUGAUUAAAGAGACGGGGGGUUAAGGGA